AUGCAACAACCAACCUCUUCUCCUGUCAACACUCACCCACCUUCCUCCCAACACCAAUGUUUAAAAGAUGGCUGCAUGGAAGUGUUUGCUAAUUUUGGGGAGCUUAGGAAACACAUCCGAAACGUACACCAACACUCGGCUACUUGCAUGACUCAUUCGAAGAAACAGGUCACCAUCUUUCGGUCCUCUGAAGGGAAGUUUGGCUGCCCAAACAAGGGGUGUGAUUACACUGCGGGCCCACCCAUCAAUAUCCAGAACCACCUCAAGUUGUGUGAUCCAGAGGCCUUGAAUCCUCCUAGGGCUAUGCCCAUCCCACCAACCGGGAGUGUAACUGUGGUGCCCCUUGGUGACCAAGUCAUGGCUAUACCUGACUGCCCUCACUUGGCAUACAAUAACUAUGCCAAGACACUCAUUUGUGUGACUUGCCAUGAAGGUAUACCUACUAGUAAUGUGCAUGGACACAUGUUGAGUUCUCACAAGCUCAAGGUUGCCAAAGCUGAAAUCAUCGACAAGUUUCUGGCUUACGGGAUCAAGCUGCCAGAAGAUAACAUUAAAUAUCCGCCCCGCAAGAACCGUGUGGAUCCGUGUAUCCCUGUUCAAGGUUUGUACAUGUAUCUUGGUUACACUUGUACUGCCUUGUACCAUGGAAAGCCAUGUGGUCUUUCUGGAUGCAAAGAAAAGACUCUUUCUAACCACUUGCGUGAACAACACCAGGUUUCUGGAAGUGGUUGGAAGGACUACUGUGAAACCCGAUUUGUUCAGCAUCUCCGCACCGACCAUAUCAAGUUCUUCUCUGUUCUUUAUCGUCAACCUUCACCUGAAAUCAUCUGCUUGUCUCAUCUUGGUUCUGGAAACGAGAUCCAAGCUGAAGGCUCGAUUCUGUGGGAUAAGCUUUCCCAAGAACUCUCUGUGCUUGAUGUGCUUGGGGUAAAGACCCGUUCUGGAAUGAAGAAGGACCAUGCUUCUCUAGUAACCGCCUACCUGAAAUCUUCCGGGAUUUAUGAACACAUUGAAUUGUGCAAGGAACUUGUUGGUUGUGCAGACUCAGCAGAUCUGUACAAGGAAAUCGAUGUUUCCCAAAAAUCAGCUGCCCUUGUCCCCUUUGUCGAUGCAUGGAUGGCCUGUCGGAUGUCUAAGAUUGACGAUACCCACUUUGGACUUCGCAAGCUUGCUAUCAAAGAAUCAAUGUAUGUGUUUGGUCCUUUCCUGCACUUGAAAUUUUGUCAUUUGCUAUUCUGA